AUGGCGGGGGCCCGGGACCCCCCCCAGGAUCGCCCCACGGUGCUGACCCACGGGGACCCCCAGCACACGCAGGUGCCGCCCAAGGGGGGGUCGUGCCCCCCCCUCCUGCACAUCCACCACCCCGGGGUGCUGGUGAUGAGGACACGGCUCCCCCCGGUGCAUGGUCUCCCCACGUUUGAAUGGGGCCCCAAAGACCCCCCCGCCCGUGACCGAGCCCCUUCGCCCACCCCCCCCUGCAAUGACCCCCCCCCCCCCCCCCAAUGGAUGUGCCCCCCCCCAAGGGCUCCCCGUUGUGACCUGGGGGGGGUGGCUCAGUGCCUGCGGCAGCUGGAGCGCAUCCAGGAGCUGGAGCAGCAGCUGGCUCGCGAGCGCCACCGCCUGGGGCUGCUGCAGGCGCAGCUCAUCCGGAGGGGCCCCCCCAUUAUGGCCCCCCCCGGGAAGGGUCAAGUUGGGACCCCCCCAAUUUGGGGUCCCAAAGCAGAGGGGGAGCCCGAGCCCCCCCCCCCGGGGCACCCAUUGGAGCAGGGGGGGCUCUGCCCAGAGCUGGAGCAUUACAGGAUCAGCACUGCCCGCCCCCCCUACACCUAUGCCAUGCUCAUCCGCUGGGCCAUCCUGGAGUCCCCCCAGCGGCAGCGGACCCUGGGGGAGAUCUACCAUUGGUUCAGCCACAUGUUCGGCUACUUCCGGCACAACACAGCGACCUGGAAGAACGCCGUUCGCCACAACCUGAGCCUGCACAAGUGCUUCGUGCGGGUGGAGAACGUGCGCGGGGCCGUAUGGACCGUGGAUGAGGCCGAAUUCAGGCGCAAACGGGGCCAACGUUACCCCAGGGACUGCGACAUGAAGUGCUUUAUGCCCCCCCAAAGUUAAGGGGGGGGGUCCCCCAAAUCACACUGGGGUAGACGGGAAAUGGAGG